GGCUUCAUCGACACUCGUGGUCUUCCAUCCCCUUGAGUUACCUAGUGGCCAUGCCCGGUGUCCCCAACAUCUGUGUGCUGCUAAAGUCAGAAUGGGUGCUAAGUGCUGGCCUCACUCUGCUCCCACUGAAGUCAAUGGUAAAAUUCCCCUUGCCAUCCAUGGCGCCGUGCUAGACAAAUGCUGAGGACCCAGCCCUAUUGUUAAACCAGAGCCAUCUCUUCUGCUCAUGGGGCCUGAUCCAGCCCUGCCUCCCCCACCUCCCUGGGAACUGGGAGAGUCUGGGUGCAGAAGAAGUUGUGAAAGUUUGCAGCUCCUGGGGGAAGGGAACCUCUUAUGCACUGAUGAGCUCAGCUCCUUUGAGACGCCCUGCACCCCAGGGCAUGGGACUGGGAGGGGCACAGUUGGUGGCUCUAUGCCAAUGCACACCACUGCAAAAUCCCUGCAGGGCCAGUCUUACUCUGAAUAGCUAGUUCCACCCUCCACUGUGGAGCUAGUGGGAUCUCUAUGGAGACAUGAACUGUGUUAACCCUUUGGACCCUGGACACCCAACGAAGCACUGACUUGCUUGGAAAACACAGAUGUUUCUAUGGUUGUGGGCAGUAUUGUAGCCAUGUCAGUCCCAGGAUAUUAGAGAGACAAGGCAGUUUGCACCAGCGAGUGAAUUAAAAGCACAUCACUCCCUGGUGAACCGCCAUGAGCUCCUCCCGGUUAAACAACAGAGCAGAGAGCCACUUUCGAACCCAGGAGGAGCACGAGCUAGAGACCCUGGGGAAGAAAGCAUGGGACAAUCCUGUUUACAAUGGCUCCCCCUCUGCCUCUCUGAAGAUCCGAGCCAUCUACAACCCCAAGACCAUUCUGGAGAACCCCUACGAGAACAUUGAGAAGCUGGGGGACUCCCUUCCCUACCAAGAAGAGAGGAAAAAGGCGGAGGAUGUAAAGAAGAAACCCUUGUCCAGGUGCUGCUUCUAUGUCUUCAAAGGCAUCCGAGGCCUCUGGGGGACAACUCUGACUGAGAAUACUGCUGAAGACCGAGAGCUGUAUGUAAAGACCACGCUGCGAGAGCUGCUGGUUUAUGUCAUCUUCCUGGUGGAUAUCUGUCUACUGACUUAUGGAAUGACCAGUACAAAUGCCUAUUACUACACCAAAGUGAUGUCCAGCCUCUUCCUGCAUACCCCUUCAGACAGCGGGGUCUCCUUCCAGUCCAUCGGUAGCAUGGCUGAGUUCUGGGGGUAUGCCCAAGGCCCAUUGCUGGAUAGUUUGUACUGGACCAAAUGGUACAACAAUGAGUCACUAGCUCACAGCACCCAGUCCUACAUCUACUAUGAGAAUCUGUUGCUUGGUGUCCCACGUCUGCGCCAGCUGAAGGUAAAGAACAACUCGUGUGUGGUGCAUGACAACUUUAAAGAGGACAUUUCAGGCUGCUAUGAUGUGUACUCUGAGGACAAGGAGGAAAGAAUCCCCUUCGGGCUCAUCAAUGGAACUGCGUGGAGGUACCAUUCUGAGGAAGAACUGGGCGGCUCAUCCCACUGGGGUCGACUAACCAGCUAUAGUGGGGGAGGAUAUUACAUAGACCUCAAGCUGACCCGGGAGGAGAGUGCGGAAGCCCUGCAAGUCCUGAAGGAGAAGCUGUGGCUGGACCGGGGCACCCGAGUGGUCUUCAUUGACUUCUCAGUGUAUAAUGCAAACAUCAACCUGUUCUGUGUGCUGAGGUUAGUAGUUGAAUUUCCAGCCACCGGUGGUGCAAUCCCCUCCUGGCAAAUCCGCACGGUGAAGCUCAUCCGAUACGUUAGCACCUGGGACUUCUUCAUUGUGGCCUGCGAGAUCAUCUUCUGUGUCUUCAUCUUCUACUACGUGGUGGAGGAGAUUCUGGAGCUGCGCAUCCACAGGCUCCAGUACUUCACCAGUGUCUGGAACAUCCUGGAUGUGGUGGUCAUACUGCUGUCCAUCAUUGCCAUUGUGUUCCACAUCUUUCGCACCAUUGAGGUGAACAGGCUGAUGGGAGAGCUGCUGAGGCACCCUGACAUCUAUGCAGACUUUGAGUUCCUGGCUUUCUGGCAGACCCAGUACAACAACAUGAACGCAGUCAACCUGUUCUUCGCCUGGAUCAAGAUAUUCAAGUACAUUAGCUUUAACAAAACAAUGACCCAGCUUUCCUCCACGCUGGCUCGCUGUGCCAAGGACAUCCUGGGUUUUGCCAUCAUGUUCUUCAUUGUGUUCUUUGCCUAUGCCCAGCUGGGCUACCUUCUCUUUGGGACACAAGUGGAAAACUUUAGCACCUUUAUUAAAUGCAUUUUCACUCAAUUUCGGAUCAUACUUGGCGACUUUGACUACAAUGCCAUUGACAAUGCCAACAGGGUGCUGGGGCCCAUUUACUUUGUCACCUAUGUCUUCUUCGUUUUCUUUGUGCUGCUGAACAUGUUCCUGGCCAUCAUCAACGACACCUACUCAGAAGUCAAGGAGGAGCUUUCAAACCAGAAGAACGAGCUGCAGCUCUCAGACAUCCUGAAGCAGGGCUAUCACAAGACACUGAUGAAGCUGAAGUUGAAGAAAGAGCGGAUUUCGGACGUUCAGAAGGCUCUCCAGAAUGGGACAAAGGAGCUAGAGUUUGAGGAUUUUAAGAACAGUUUGAAAGAGCUGGGUCAUGCUGAGCAUGAGAUCACAGCGACCUUUUCCAGAUUUGACAAAGAUGGUAACCAGAUCCUUGAUGAAGAGGAACAGAAGCGAAUGAGGCAUGACCUAGAGGAGAAAAGGGUUGCUUUGAAUGCAGAGAUUGAAAACUUGGGGAAAUCCUACGGUGAUAACAACCUGGAUGAGAAUUUGACCCUUGUGGAUGCAAAGAACAAUCACACCAAUAAGUCCAGCUGGGUGUCUGAGGAAGAAUUCCAAAUGUGGGUCACUGCUGGUGCUAGUCCAGCAUCUGAAAGCAAAGGGCUUGGUUUCCUGCUGCCCUGCCCCCCCAUGGAGCCACAUCCACCUGUGCCUCACGGCCUCCUGCGACGGGUCCUGCAGCUGGAGCACUCCAUUGGCAGCAUUGUGUCCAAGAUCGACUCAGUGGUGAGCAAGCUGGAGACGCUGGAGAGAAACAAACUGCAGAGGAAAGACCUGGUGGGCAAGCUGCUCGACAACAUCAGCAAGGAGGAACAGCCCAGCCAGGAAGAACUGCUCCAGCGGAACCUAGACCCGCUGGUGAAGGAAAACCAAGAAGGCUGGGAGACAAAGCACAUGCUGGGAAGCAACCUCAAUGGGAGCUCUCCCCAAAAUGUCCCUCUGACCUCAUGGCGAUAACCAUGCCUUCACCCCCGCACUCAAUAGGCACAGAGUUGAGCUGAGAGGAGUCUGGCUGAAGUAAGCAGGUGCUCUGAAGAAUAGGUGGGCAUGGGCUCUGUUGCUGAAGGCAGCGUUGAAAGUGGGCAUGGGGAGAGGAUUGCAGGGGUUGCAGACCAUCGAGCAGUCACUGCGGGGCACCUUUAAGCAAUUUCUUACCAAAGCUGCUGUUCCCAGAAUCUGACAGCUCGUCCCGCCGCCCCCCCCCCCCCGCCGUUUUUUCAGACCGCUUUAAGCACCGACUGAAGGAGAUCUAUGGCUGGGCCAUUAACAUGGUUUCCAACUCAUCUGUUAACCCUCGAAUUCUCACCAUUCCCCAAAACUGCAGAUUGUGAAGUUUCACGGCACCAGCCAUCUAGUUGUGAAAUGACGACAUUUCCCCUGGGUUUUGCCAUGGGAACAAUUUUGCUUGAAGUUGAGCUGAGAGUGGCCAUCCAGUGGAAAUGUGGUGACAACAGGACCUUUGACAGCAUCUCAGUGCAGUGUAAAAAUGUUCCUAUUCUGAGCAUUUUACACCUGACUUGAGACUAUUUUAACUAUCAACCCCCCUGGAGCUGAUGCCACCAACUAUUGAUGCUGGGCCAGAUUCUCAGCUGGUGUGAAGUGGCAGUGAACUCAGUGGGGUAUGCUCAUUUACACCAAUUAAGAAUCCAGCUGUUUCUACAUUCCAGAUUGUCCAUUUCAUUAUUUUGUAUGUUUCUGGUCACAGCAGUAAACUCUGACACCAGCAAUUAAAUAUCUUUAAUAAGUAACAUUGCAGGAGAUUGUUCAAUGAAAUUAGCCAUUAUGAGAUUUUAGAUUUCAGUUAUGUUAACUUACAUUUUAUAUAGUAACUUUCAUCCCAAAGUUCUCUACAGAUUUUUUUACCUGUAUGCAGUAUAAAGAAAUCACUUCACCCACUGCUGAAAUGCAGCCACCUUUGGGGUGGAAGAUGGCAGUUGUUUAGUAGCAGUACUACACAAAAGUUCAGUACAGGAAUAAAGGGAUUUGAAAUAUCAUAAUCACAAAUGCACCACAGAGAGGUAAACUGUAUUAAACUCAAAUGUCCUCUUCAAUCUGUGUAUAAAAAUGGUCUCUGAUGUAUUUGGGUGUUGUUAGACUAUGGUUACCCAUUCACUGCAAGCUGUAAUAUUUAUCACACUCUGAAGUUAUUCUUCACUUAUUAAAGUGCAAAGGGACCAUGUAAGGGAAUUAGAAUUUCCCAGGAUAAGAAAUGUAACAGAGAUCCUCUAUAAACUAUAAUCACACAAUGGUACGCGUGCCUCUUUUGAGAACAAGAAUACAGAGUCUUGGCAAGCCCACAGAGGUCCAGCCAGAGUUGUGUGUGCACAGCAGCAGAACCUACAGACCUUUGUAAAUACAUGUUUUACAGCUGGGUUUCAUUGCUCAGAUCAGUAGCUGACUGUGGGUGCGAAGGCUUAAUUGUAACAAAAAUGGUUCUAUUUUUUAAAAGAUCUUUUUCGUGUGCAUUUCAUCUCCUGAGUUCAGGCUCCUGGAUUAGCCCCUGAACUGAUUUUCCUGCAUACAAUUCAAGCGCACAUGGGGCAGCAUUUGCUGUCAGAACUGGGGAGAUAUCCCAAACACCUAAAGUCAAGCAGUCCACUUUGAGGCCUUGAUCUUGCCCCAAUGGGUGUUAUGUCAUUGGCUUCUGUGGGAGCAGGACUCGGCCCCAAGCCAGGGAAAUGGAGGAUCCUGAACUCAGCUCUUGGCAGGAACUUGAGGGAGGAACAGAUUUUCCAAGGUCUUGUACUGUAAAGUUGUUUGUUUCUCGUUCUGGGUUUAUACAUUUCUUGUUCUCCUUGGUGUGUGUUUGAAUACUUUUCCAUUCACCUUCCAGGAUGAUUUAAUUCAGAUGUAUUAGGAUGGGGAUUCACUGCAGGGGAAAUUCACCCAGCAGUGCAGAGAUGGAGAAGACCUACCAAUGCAGCAAAGCAGUCAUGGCUCCACUGCACUGGGGGCUUGGGGAGAGGGACUCUACACUCACCCUGUGGUAGAGCUGGCUCUACAUCAGCCGCCAUAGAGUGAGGGGUUGGGGGCAGGAUCAUGGCAUGGCCAGCGGGUCCAAAAUCACACAGGGCACUGGUCCCAAAUCCCAGGCUCAGGAUAUGUGUGGGAAUCAUGGCUCCUAUUUCAACCCAGGAGUGGAGUCAUGACCCCAGUGGGGCUGCAGGGAUUCCCUGUGCCCCACCCGUAGACUGGAAGGUGGAUUCCUUUUUCCCUUCAUCCCUGUGUAACUCGUAGCAAAAAGGCUGCUUCUCUGGCCUUGUGUUGUGGUUCUGGAUGUGUGAAUUUCACCCACAGUGUAAAGCACUUCCUGUAGCUAGUGUCUGCACCAAUGCUUUAUAUGUUCCCUGUAUGACUCCAUGCAAUCGUCUCUUGUAUGUGCCUUUGCUGAACAUGUAAUCAUGUAUGUGACACGUAUGAUAAACAUCUCUCAAAGAUGAUCGUGUCUUAGGCUAUGGCGGAUCAAACCUAUCGCGCAUCCCCUGAACUCCGGUGUCCUUCCUAGCACCUAUUAGUGUUUGAUGUGUAGACUGUAUCUGCUGACCAGCUGAGAAAUAACAUAAAUUAAUUGCACUGAAUGGCAGAAUCAUUCCUGCUGUAUUUUCAAAUGUGGUAUUUUUGGCCUUUUGUCAUAGCAGGAGGUGACGACACUGCUGGUGUGACAGGGCCAAUGUGGAGUGAAGGGUUUUCCCGCACAGGCUGUGCAUGGCCUU